CCCGCGGCCUGCCGUCCGCACUCUCCAUGAGGCUGCUGGUGCUGGUCCGCGCGGCGCCGACGCGGGGAGCGCGCUUCGCGCUGACUCAGCGGCGACGAAGGCGGCGGCGGCGGCGGCGUUAGCCGGCCCCUCGCGCUCUUUCCCUUCCUGGGGCGUCGACCCCGCCCGCCUGCUUGCUAGCUUGCCGGCCGGGCGCCACGCAAAAGAAGGCGCCAGGGGACGCGGAGCGGCUCGCGGCCCCGGCCAGCUCGGUCUCCGGCGUUAGCGCUGCGGCCGUGGCGGAGGACGACGGCGACAAGGACGAGGGCCGCUCUCUCCGCUCCCUGCGUGCGGCGCCGCUCCGCGCUGCUGACCAGCCCUCGGGAGUGCAGGCGGGGAGGCGGGAUGGACUGAUAGGGAAGAUGUUUGUGGAUUCUUGUGUGGGAUCAGAGGGCACGCCUAUUGUAAUCAGAAAACUCCAAGAAUAGCAGCAGGGAUGGAUGAACAGGCUCUUUUAGGGCUAAAUCCAAAUGCUGAUUCAGACUUCAGACAAAGGGCCCUGGCCUAUUUUGAGCAGUUAAAGAUUUCCCCAGAUGCCUGGCAAGUGUGUGCAGAAGCUCUAGCCCAGAGGACAUACAGUGAUGAUCACAUAAAGUUUUUCUGCUUUCAAGUACUAGAACAUCAAGUUAAAUACAAAUAUUCAGAACUAACUACUGUUCAACAACAACUAAUUAGGGAGACGCUCAUAUCUUGGCUUCAAGCUCAGAUGCUGAAUCCCCAACCAGAGAAGACCUUUAUACGAAAUAAAGCAGCCCAAGUCUUCGCAUUGCUUUUUGUUACAGAAUAUCUCACUAGGUGGCCCAAGUUUUUUUUUGAUAUUCUCUCAGUAGUGGACCUAAAUCCAAGGGGAGUAGAUCUGUACCUCCGAAUCCUCAUGGCUAUUGAUUCAGAGUUGGUGGAUCGUGAUGUGGUGCAUACAUCAGAGGAGGCCCGUAGGAAUACUCUAAUAAAAGAUACCAUGAGGGAGCAGUGCAUUCCAAACUUGGUGGAAUCAUGGUACCAAAUUUUACAAAAUUACCAGUAUACUAAUUCAGAAGUGACAUGUCAGUGCCUUGAAGUAGUUGGGGCUUAUGUCUCUUGGAUAGACUUAUCCCUUAUAGCCAAUGAUAGGUUUAUAAAUAUGCUGCUAGGUCAUAUGUCAAUAGAAGUUCUGCGGGAGGAAGCAUGUGACUGUUUAUUUGAAAUUGUAAAUAAAGGAAUGGAUCCUGUUGAUAAAAUGAAACUAGUAGAAUCUUUGUGUCAAGUAUUACAGUCUGCUGGGUUUUUCAGCAUUGACCAGGAAGAAGAUGUUGACUUUCUAGCCAGAUUUUCUAAGCUGGUAAAUGGAAUGGGACAGUCAUUGAUAGUUAGUUGGACUAAAUUAAUUAAGAAUGGGGAUAUCAAGAAUGCUCAAGAGGCACUACAAGCUAUUGAAACAAAAGUGGCGCUGAUGCUGCAGCUACUAAUUCAUGAGGAUGAUGACAUCUCUUCUAACAUUAUUGGAUUCUGUUAUGAUUAUCUUCAUAUUUUGAAACAGCUUCCAGUGCUCUCAGAUCAGCAAAAAGCUAACGUAGAGGCAAUCAUGUUGGCCGUUAUGAAAAAACUGACUUAUGAUGAAGAAUAUAACUUUGAAAAUGAGGGUGAAGAUGAAGCCAUGUUUGUAGAAUAUAGAAAACAACUGAAGUUAUUGUUGGACAGGCUUGCUCAAGUUUCACCAGAGUUACUGCUGGCUUCUGUGCGCAGAGUUUUUAGUUCUACACUGCAGAAUUGGCAGACUACACGUUUUAUGGAAGUUGAAGUAGCAAUAAGAUUGCUGUAUAUGUUGGCAGAAGCUCUUCCAGUAUCUCAUGGUGCUCACUUCUCAGGUGAUGUUUCAAAAGCUAGUGCUUUGCAGGAUAUGAUGCGAACUUUGGUAACAUCAGGAGUUAGUUCCUAUCAGCAUACAUCUGUGACAUUGGAGUUCUUCGAAACUGUUGUUAGAUAUGAAAAGUUUUUCACAGUUGAACCUCAACACAUUCCAUGUGUACUAAUGGCUUUCUUAGAUCAUAGGGGUCUGCGGCAUUCUAGUGCAAAAGUACGGAGCAGAACUGCUUACCUGUUUUCCAGAUUUGUCAAAUCUCUGAAUAAACAAAUGAACCCUUUUAUUGAGGAUAUUCUGAAUAGAAUACAAGAUUUACUAGAGCUUUCUCCACCUGAGAAUGGUUACCAGUCUUUGUUGAGCAGUGAUGAUCAGCUCUUUAUUUAUGAGACAGCCGGAGUGCUGAUUGUUAAUAGUGAAUAUCCAGCUGAACGGAAACAAGCCUUAAUGAGAAAUCUUUUGACCCCACUAAUGGAGAAGUUUAAAAUUCUGUUAGAAAAAUUGAUGCUGGCACAAGAUGAAGAAAGACAGGCAUCACUAGCAGACUGUCUGAACCAUGCUGUUGGAUUUGCCAGCCGAACCAGCAAAGCUUUCAGCAACAAACAGACUGUGAAACAGUGUGGCUGUUCCGAAGUUUAUCUGGAUUGUUUACAGACGUUCUUGCCAGCCCUCAGUUGUCCCCUGCAAAAGGAUAUUCUCAGAAGUGGAGUUCGUACUUUCCUUCAUCGCAUGAUUAUUUGCCUAGAGGAAGAAGUUCUUCCAUUCAUCCCAUCUGCCUCAGAACACAUGCUCAAAGAUUGUGAAGGAAAAGACCUCCAGGAGUUCAUUCCUCUUAUCAACCAGAUUACAGCCAAAUUUAAGAUACAGGUAUCUCCAUUUUUACAGCAAAUGUUCAUGCCUCUACUUCAUGCAAUUUUUGAGGUAUUGCUCCGACCAGCAGAAGAAAAUGACCAGUCUGCUGCUUUAGAGAAGCAAAUGUUACGAAGGAGUUACUUUGCUUUCCUGCAAACAGUCACAGGCAGUGGAAUGAGCGAAGUCAUAGCAAAUCAAGGUGCAGAGAAUGUAGAACGAGUGCUGGUUACUGUUAUCCAAGGAGCAGUUGAAUAUCCAGAUCCAAUUGCACAGAAGACAUGUUUUAUCAUCCUCUCCAAGUUGGUAGAACUCUGGGGAGGUAAAGAUGGACCAGUGGGAUUUGCUGAUUUUGUUUAUAAGCACAUUGUCCCUGCAUGUUUCCUAGCACCUUUAAAACAAACCUUUGACCUGGCAGAUGCACAAACAGUGUUGGCUUUAUCUGAGUGUGCGGUGACAUUGAAAACAAUUCAUCUCAAACGGGGCCCAGAAUGUGUUCAGUAUCUUCAACAAGAAUACCUGCCUUCCUUGCAAGUAGCUCCAGAAAUAAUUCAGGAGUUUUGUCAAGCGCUUCAGCAGCCUGAUGCUAAAGUUUUUAAAAAUUACUUAAAGGUAUUCUUCCAGAGAGCAAAGCCCUAAGGACUGGAUCUCCCUGUGCCUACUUUAUGAUCAGGAAUUCCAGUUAAUUUAUAAAGAAGCAGUUUUGUGUGCCAUUCACACUGGUUUUUUUAACAUUGCUUUAAGCUUAUUGCAGUAUAUGUAUUGGGAUUUUUCUGUAAAAUGGUGUAAUUUUCUCUGAAUACAGGUAUGUGACAACAAGAGAAGUUGCUUGCAUGCCAGUUCAAACUGUUCUAUAUAAAAAUGCUGUUAAAAGAUACAGCACGGUUAUCCUAGUACCUUUUUUUUUUUUUACUUGAAACGUUAAAUCCUUUAUAAAGACCAUAGCAGGAAAACUGUGUACUUUUUUUUCAAUUGCUAAAUAUAAAAUGUUUGAAAAUUUUAAUUUUCUUUUACAUGUGCCGUCUCAAAAUAUGGAGGAAAUAUAAUAAAUCAAAACUAAUUUUUUGUAGAUAGCCAUUACAUUUCUUUAAACUGUUUUCAAUGCCAAUGUGUGUUCUACAAAAGAGAAUGGUUUCAUAAAUUAACUGAUUUAAGAGUAGGUACCAGUGUUAUACACUUUUUAUAAAAAAAUAAAAAUAAAUUUUACGUAGUGAAA